AUGUGGUCUUGUAUGAAAAACUUCUUUACCUACGAAACCACUAAGUCGGUGGUUGUGAAGAGCUGGACCAUCGGCAUCAUCAACCGUGUUGUUCAACUUCUUAUCAUCACUUACUUCAUUGGGUGGGUAUUUCUCUAUGAGAAGGCCUACCAGGUGAGAGACACAGCGAUUGAAUCUUCAGUGAUGACCAAGGUCAAAGGUUUUGGAAUCUACAACAACAGAGUCAUGGAUGUUGCAGACUAUGUCACUCCAACACAGGGCGCCUCAGUCUUCUGCAUUAUCACUAAACUUAUCACUACAGAGAAUCAAGUCCAAGGAUACUGUCCUGAGAGUGAGAAGAAGUAUAUUUGUACCCAGGACAGCAACUGUUCGAGGCAUCGCAAUAAGCCAGGAAGUUAUGGAAUUCUUACAGGGAAAUGUGUUCCUUUCAACACCACCAUCAAGAUGUGUGAGAUUAAAGGGUGGUGUCCUGCCGAGAUCGACACCAUCAAGACUACGCCAAUGAUGGAAGUGGAGAACUUCACCAUUUUCAUUAAGAACAGCAUCCGCUUCCCAUACUUCAACUACACCAAAGGGAACUUCCUUCCAAACAUCACUGCUGAUUACAUCAAAAACUGUAGCUUUGACAUGGCCAACAACAUCUACUGCCCCAUCUUCAGAGUGGGAGACGUUGUCCGCUACGCACAGCAGAACUUCACUAAACUGGCAGACAAGGGAGGAGUGAUUGGAAUAAAGAUUGGCUGGAUGUGCGAUCUGGACAAGUCAGACGACCAGUGUAACCCCUCGUACUCGUUCACCCGACUAGAUGCCAUGUCACAGAAGAAUGCUGUCUCUCCUGGCUACAAUUUCAGGUUUGCUAAAUACUUCAAAAUGGAAAAUGGGACAGAUUAUCGCACUCUGGUCAAAGCCUAUGCUAUUAGGUUUGAUGUGCUGGUCAAUGGAAAUGCUGGAAAGUUCGACAUGAUCCCCACACUCAUUAACAUGGUGGCAGCCUUCACGUCAGUGGGAGUGGGUACAGUGCUGUGUGACAUCAUACUGCUGAACUUCCUGAAAGGCGCGGAGCAAUACAAAGCCAAGAAAUUUGAAGAGGUGUCGGACAGCCCACUGGAAUCCCAAAGCAAUGGGUUGUAUCGCUCCAAGCUGUCACUCAGGCAAACCAUCAUGAGGUCCAGUGACUCAGGGGCAUUUUCUAUUGAACAUUACAGCUGAAUGAACAGGAGAAACUUCCAU